AUGUGGGAGUGGCUCGAGAAAAUAUACAUCCGAUUCGGUCCCAUUGUCACCUUGAACUUUGCCGGGGACGAUUAUAUUCUAUUGAGCGAUCCGGAAGAUGCUGAAGCACUGCUUUUCAAACGGUCCGCUACUUUCUCUGGGCGCCCACAGAGCAUAUUCGCUGCGAAAUACCGUUCGAACAACAAACGUAUGCUCCUCCUCCCGCACGGCGACGAUCUCAAGAAACAGCGAGCUGUGUUCAAGCUACUAUUGCGGCCCAAAGCCCUCGUCUCUCAUCGACCCCGCAUUGAGCAGCACACCACCAAGCUUCUACUGGAUCUCAUUGACGGCCCCCAAGAUCCAGGCAAAUAUCGGGAGCAUCUUUACCGCUUCACAGCUGGUUUGAUCAUGCGCAUCACUUACGGAUCUGGACUCAUCGGAGCGGACGAGGAUUUGAAGGCGAUUUUGGACUCGAAUGAUAGCUUUAAUCUCGAUGCACUCCCAGGUGCCCAUCUCGUUGACUCGUUCCCCAUACUUGAUCGGCUGCCUGACUGGCUGGCUCCUUGGCGUGCUGAUGCUAAACGAAAACAUAUUGAAGAACUGGAUUUGUUUGCUCGUCUAGCCACUCAGGUGCAAGAGCGCCGGCACGCAGGCGAUAUCGAUGCGCAAGAGUCAUUUGUUGCAUCCGUCUGGGACGCUCAAGAGAAACAGCAAAUUGAUAGCGAAACUGUAGCAUACGUGCGGGUCUCGAAUGUUCUCCACCUCAUCUGCUGA